GUACGUGUCUCGCAGUGAAUGAUUCAUACGCACACCACCACCACUCCCACCAUCCGCUUUUAUCGAACGUGCCCUUCUCUUCCGGACAAACAACCACCGAAUCCAAUUCCCCCUCUCUCUUCUUCUUCUCCGAUUCUCUCUCUCUCUUAAUUCUCAGUUCUCUAAAUUCGAAUCUCUCAGAAUCCAAGGCCACUAUCUAUCUUUCUUCGCCGAUCUGGAUCAGGGCCGGUCCCGAGUGUCGUCCGCAGCAGCCGGCGGUGAUGGCGGAGCUUCCUCCGAACAAUCGCCGGAGCAGUUCCGAGAGUUCUGUGGAAGUCUUGCCGGGAAUUGAGCGGGAAAUUGACGACGGGAGUGGCCGGAAAAGUAUUGAGUUGGAGAACGGAGCGGCCAGUGUCGGCGGCGGCGGUAUCUCUACAGGGAAUUCAGGGAGUUCUGACUUUAGCUUUUCGAAAGAGAGUGCGUUACCGGUGGAGAUAUCACCAACUAAUGAAAGGCCAGUACAACAGGCAGUUCCGGUAAAGUUGGAGAGAUCGAAAACGGAGAGCACCAGACCUAAUGUAAAGUUGAAAGAUGCGGCAAAGAUUUUUGACGACAAAACUCCAGUCCAGCAGAAGUUAAAGCUGUUAAAUAGAAUGGCCACUGUGAAAGAUGACGGAACGGUAGAAUUCGAUGUUCCAGGGGAUGUUGAAGCUCAAUCUUUUGGUAUUGGACCCACUGCUAGUUUUACUGGUGUUGCUGAUGAGCCUCUUGAUGCAACAGACCUCCAAUACAUGCCACCAAUGCAAAUAGUAAUGCUUAUUGUUGGAACGCGUGGAGAUGUGCAACCCUUUAUUGCAAUUGGCAAACGCUUGCAGGACUAUGGCCAUCGUGUAAGACUAGCUACUCAUUCAAAUUUUAAAGAGUUUGUUUCGACUGCUGGUUUGGAGUUCUACCCAUUAGGCGGUGAUCCAAAAAUUCUUGCUGGCUAUAUGGUUAAAAAUAAAGGCUUCUUGCCGUCAGGGCCUUCUGAUAUUCCUAUUCAGCGUAACCAAAUGAAGGAAAUUAUAUAUUCCUUACUUCCAGCUUGCAAAGAGCCUGAUGUAGAUUCCGGUAUCCCCUUUAAAGCGGAUGCUAUAAUUGCAAAUCCCCCAGCAUACGGGCAUACUCAUGUAGCAGAGGCACUUAAAAUACCUGUUCAUAUAUUUUUUACAAUGCCUUGGACGUCAACAAGUGAAUUUCCACAUCCGUUGUCCCGUGUCAAGCAACAGACUGGAUAUAGACUAUCGUAUCAAAUUGUUGACUCCUUAAUAUGGCUUGGAAUACGGGACAUGAUAAAUGAUGUUCGGAAGAAAAGAUUGAAAUUACGACCCGUCACAUAUUUAAGUGGUUCACAAGGCUCUGAGUCUGAUGUUCCCCAUGGAUACAUAUGGAGUCCCCACCUUGUUCCUAAACCAAAAGAUUGGGGCCCUAAGGUUGAUGUGGUGGGAUUUUGCUUCCUUGAUCUUGCAUCAAAUUAUGAACCUCCAGAGCCACUAGUGAAAUGGCUUGAAGCUGGUGACAAGCCUAUAUACAUUGGAUUUGGUAGCCUUCCUGUUCAAGAGCCAGAGAAAAUGACCCAAAUAAUUGUUGAAGCAUUAGAAAAGACAGGACAGAGAGGCAUCAUCAACAAGGGCUGGGGUGGCCUUGGAAAUUUGGCUGAACCAAAGGAAUCCAUAUACUUGUUGGACAACUGCCCUCAUGAUUGGCUGUUUCUACAGUGCAAGGCAGUGGUGCAUCAUGGAGGUGCUGGAACGACGGCUGCUGGUCUCAAAGCUGCAUGUCCAACAACUAUUGUUCCUUUCUUUGGAGACCAACCUUUCUGGGGAGAACGAGUGCAUGCCAGAAGAGUAGGCCCUGCACCUAUUGCAGUUGAUGAGUUCUCACUUCCCAAGUUAGUUGGUGCAAUAAAUUACAUGCUUGAUCCCAAGGUGAAGGAGCGCGCUAUUGAACUUGCUAAGGAUAUGGAGAAUGAGGAUGGUGUGACAGGUGCAGUCAUGGCCUUCUUUAAGCAUCUUCCUCGGCCAAAGCCUGAGUCUGAGCCAGAAACAGUGUCAUCGGGUCUUUUCUCUAUAAGUAGAUGUUUUGGUUGUUCCUGAGUCAUAGUCGUUCUGUUCUUUUAGUUUGUCUCCCACAGUAGCGUGAAAAGAAUUCCUUGUUGGUGCCUUGAAAGAAAGGAGAGUUUUGUUGUUGUUAGUUCGUUGAUUAAUAGUCUUGUUCAUAGUCUCAUUCCAACUGUAAAUAUGUAAUUAUUUACCUUCAUAUUUGUUCACAUUUAACAUUCAUUCAGAGAAAGCCAUGAUUUGUGUUGCAACCUUC